AUGGAUCAAACACAGAGAGGAAUCCUGGGCCAGCCCCUGCCCAUCCCCACCACCCAGCCCAAGAAGAAAAGGACGUCAAUGAUGUCUUUCUUUUCCAAGGUCUCUUGGACACUGAGGUUCCAGAAGCGGGAGUCUCUGAAGAAUGUGUUCUCCAACUUGGCAGAAAGAGCCCAGGACCCCAACGCUAAAAAGCGUCACAUGGCAAUGAGAGGCCUGGGAACCAUGGCCUGUGAGACCCCGGACAAGGUGAGGAAGUAUAAGAAAAUUGUCCUAGAUCUGCUGGUACAUGGACUGUAUGACCCUGUGAGUGCUGAAGUUAUCCACGAGAGCAUGAAGACUCUGACCAUCAUCUUGGGCAAGAUCCAGGGGAAAAGUCUGGGCUCUUUCUUCGUAGACAUCACUCUUCAGACCAGGACUUUGUUAGAUGACGAGAACGACAACCUGAGAUAUUCAGCCUUCGUCUUGUUUGGGCAAUUGGCAGCCUAUGCUGGGCGGAAAUGGAAGACAUUUUUCACCAGUCAGGUCAAGCAGACUCAAGAUUCCCUCCUGAUACAUUUACAGGACAGAAAUCCCCAGGUUGCCAAGGCUUGCAAGACAACAUUUCGAGCCUGUUCUCCAUAUCUGAAAGAAAGAAAGGAAAACAGCUUCCAGACUGAAGAAGAUCAAAGGAACCCUAAACUCUGCCGGCAGCUGAGCUACUAUCAUCCAGAGCUCCUGCAGUUCUUCUAUGCAAAUAAGAUUCUGUAA